GACCAGUGUGAAACUGAUGGGAGAAGGGGAAAAACAGAGUUUCUCUUCUAUAUAAUAUGGAUCAGGCAGACUGUCCGUAAUACUGCCGGGUUGGGAAGGAAAAGCCAUAAUGAGAAGUUCUUCUCACCUGCUCUUCUUCUUCUUCUUCUUCUUCUGCCUUCACCUUCUCCGCACAUCCAAUGGCCAACCAGAACCAAACACCACAGGCAUCACCUGCACAAACCAGACUGCCUCUCCAUGCCAAACCUACGCCUUCUACCGCGCCACAGCCCCCGACUUCCUCGACCUGGCCUCCAUAGCUGACCUCUUUUCCGUCAGUCGCCUAAUGAUAUCAAAACCCAGCAACAUAUCCUCCCCUUCCACCGCUCUCGUUGCUACCCAGCCCCUCUUCGUUCCUCUUACAUGCUCUUGCAACUCCGUUAACUCUACCACUACCAUCUCUUAUGCCAAUAUCUCGUAUACAAUCAAUUCAGGCGACACGUUCUACCUUGUCUCCACCAAUAAAUUUCAGAAUCUUACAACCUACCAGUCUGUUAUCAUUGUCAAUCCCACUCUCGUCCCGACCAACCUUUCUAUUGGCGUUAACGCCAUAUUUCCCAUCUUUUGCAAGUGUCCUAACAGGACCCAGUUGCAAAAUCAAGUCAAUUAUCUGGUCUCCUAUGUGUUCCAGCCUUCUGAUAGCUUAUCAUCAGUUGCUUCAACGUUUGGAGUACAGCAACAGUCUAUAAUUGAUGUUAAUGGAGAUAGCUUUCAGCCUUUCAAUACGAUAUUCAUUCCGGUCACUCGGCUUCCAGAACUGUCACAGCCUGUUGCUGUGGCUCCUUCUCCUUCUCCUCCUCCUCCUCCUCCUGCCUCUGAAGAGACUGAUCAGCGGGAAGGGGUCGUUACAGGAUUGGCAAUUGGGUUGGGAAUUACCGGGCUUUUGCUACUUUUGCUUAGUGGAUUGUGGGUUUAUAGAGAGACUGUGUUGAAGAACAGGAGGGCCAUGGAGGAAGAUAAGGAGAAGCAGAGCCAGCUGCUGCGUAAGGAAGGGAAGGGGUUGAAGAAAAUGGAGUCGAAUUUGAUGGCAGAUGUUUCAGAUUGCUUGGACAAGUACAAGGUGUUUAAGAUUGAAGAGUUGAUAGAAGCUACUGACGGGUUUAGUGAGAGUUCCUUGAUUCAGGGGUCUGUGUACAAAGGGUGCAUUGAUGGGGAGGUCUAUGCCAUCAAGAAGAUGAAGUGGAAUGCCUAUGAGGAGCUAAAGAUCUUACAGAAGGUAAACCAUGGGAAUUUGGUGAAGCUAGAGGGCUUCUGCAUAGACCCAGAGGAUGCGACUUGCUAUCUAAUCUAUGAGUAUGUUGAUAACGGAUCUCUUCAACUAUGGCUGCACGGAAACAAGCAGGAAAAACUGAACUGGAGAACAAGGUUACGAAUAGCCAUUGAUGUUGCAAAUGUUCUCCAAUACAUACACGAGCACACCAGGCCACGGGUUGUACAUAAAGACAUCAAAAGCAGCAACAUUCUCCUAGACACAAACAUGAGAGCCAAAAUUGCCAAUUUUGGGCUGGCAAAAUCUGGAUGCAAUGCCAUAACCAUGCACAUCGUUGGAACUCAAGGUUAUAUUGCACCAGAGUAUUUAGCUGAUGGGGUGGUCUCAACAAAAAUGGAUGUGUUUUCUUUUGGGGUGGUCUUGCUGGAACUUAUUUCUGGGAAGGAGGCCAUUGAUGAGGAGGGGAAUGUUUUGUGGGCAAAGACUAGUGGAAUUCUGGAGGGCAAUGAAGAGAGGAAGGCAAAUAGAGUGAAGAAAUGGAUGGAUGAGGUUCUGAAGGCAGAGUCAUGCUCCAUGGACAGUGUGGUGAAUGUCAUGAGCAUUGCCAUUGCUUGCUUGCAUAGAGAUCCGUCAAAGCGGCCAAGUAUGGUGGAUGUUGCUUAUGCGCUGUGUAAAAGUGAUGAUUUGUGUUCUGACAUCUCGGAUGAUGGAAUGUCAUCUACACUGGUAUUGGCAAGAUAAUUAGUCAACGAACUGUUUGAGUAUGCUAGUUGAUGGAAUCUGUAUAAGAAUAAUGUGAACGGUAGAUUUGUACGUGUGAAAUUUUGUAAUGCAAUAUAAUUUUACUUUUCUACACCAAGAAAAGUGGGAGCCACGCCACAAGAGGAUGGUAGUGACGACUGAGUCAAGUCUGUGUCUGAUUCUUGGUGGUGGCACAAGAAAAAGAUGCAAACCAACAAAAUGGACUGAAUUCCUUGUGCUUAUUAUCGCAUAUGGAGAAAAUUAGUAAUCUUUACCAUUAGUUCUGGUCAUGCAAGUCCAAAACCAUUAAAAAUUUGCCUGUUUCAAAAGGAAGAAUUAGUGUUCCAUUUAUAAACCCCUUUUAUGUCUUUCUCACCAAAUCAUAAAAGAAAGUGGGAAGUUGCUGCUCUAGUGCUUUAGGUGUUGUGAGUGCAAGAAUAUCUUCAUGAUAUUCUCACAAUAAUUACCCUAUUUACAAUGUGAUUAUGUAGGAGAUUUUAUUUUCAUUCUACUAUUAUUAUGUGCAUUGUAUCAACAAGUUAUCCUUGACUAUAAAAUUCAAUAAAAUUCACUUUUCUAUAUUUUUCUC